GAAACACGUGAUUCAUGUGCUUUGGUCUUCCGGGAACAAACGUGUCGUGAUGUACAUGUGCGUUUAAUGCGCAUCGUUGUAGCGUUCAGUUUAAACGAACUGGGGAAGAACAACUAAAAGCGGAGUUAAUCAAAGUGAAAGGAAAAAGAUAAGAAUUGAACAACGUAUUUAGCAUGGGCAGAAAAUUGGAUCCCACCAAUAAGGUGAAGCGAGGUCCAGGUCGCAAGGCCAGGAAGCAGAAGGGGGCAGAGACAGAGGUCGCAAAGUUUUUAGUAGAUGAGGAGAGAGAACCUAAGCGACUGUCCAGCAGAGGCAGAAGACGUGCUUUAAAGAGAGCAAAGGUUUCUCCGAAGCCGAAAGAGACUGUGGAGAAGCAUACAGAGAAAGGGUUUACUGAUGAAAACAGCAAGUGGCUGAAACCAGCAAAGAGGAAGCGUUCUCUUGAUGACACGGGAGAUGACAGUGACACCCAGUGGGAAGAAGUGGAGGAAGAGGAGUCAGGACAGGAAGCUGGAGAUGCUUUUGAUGAAGCAGAACAAAGUGAUGAUGAUGAUGAUAAAGAAAUGGUUGAUGACUAUGGAGCUAUGGAUGACAGCGAGGAAGAAGAAGAUGGUAGUGAUGGAGAAGAGCUACUCCCCAUUGAGCGUGCUGCAAAGAAGCAGAAGAAACUGGAAGAAGCCAUGGAACAGGAGAGCGAUGAAGAGCGAGAGGAGAGUGGGAGUGAGGGGGAGGAUGAAGAUGACACUGUCCAGGCCAACAUCGAUGAGAUGGACAGAUUCAAGCUGCCUGGAGCUGAGGAGCGGGAAAAAGAGGAAGCCAUGCCCAUAGAUCUGCAGAGCAUCCAUCAGCGCAUAAAGGACAAUGUUGAUGUCCUCUCCGACUUUGCAGACAAAAGGGAAGAGGGGAAGGGGAGGGCCGAGUACCUCUCCCUCUUGAAGAAGGACCUGUGCACAUAUUACAGCUACAAUUGGUUUCUUAUAGAGAAGCUCCUUGACAUUUUCCCGUUGUCUGAGUUGGUUGAUUUCCUGGAGGCCAAUGAAAUCCAGCGACCAGUCACAAUUCGGACCAAUACCCUCAAGACAAGGAGACGGGAUUUGGCUCAGGCUCUGAUCAACAGAGGUGUGAAUUUAGAUCCAAUAGGGAAGUGGUCUAAGGUGGGCCUGGUCAUCUUUGAUUCCUCAGUACCUAUAGGUGCCACCCCUGAAUACCUUGCUGGUCAUUACAUGCUACAAGGUGCUUCUAGUUUUUUGCCUGUCAUGGCGCUUUCCCCCCAGGAGGGGGAGUCUGUGCUAGACAUGAGCUGUGCCCCUGGAGGAAAAACCACAUAUAUGGCCCAGCUCAUGAGGAACACCGGUAUAAUCGUGGCAAAUGAUGCCAAUGCAGACAGACUGAAGAGCGUCAUGGGAAACCUCCAUCGUCUGGGUGUCACCAACACAAUCAUAUGCAACUACGAUGGCCGACAGUUCCCUAAGGUGAUGGGUGGGUUCGAUCGGGUGCUACUGGAUGCUCCCUGCUCUGGCACUGGAGUCAUUUCCAAAGAUCCAGCUGUGAAGACCAGUAAGGAUGAAGCUGAUAUCCAGCGAUCUGCUCACCUGCAGAAAGAACUAAUACUGUCCGCCAUCGAUUCCCUCAAUGCGGACUCUCCGUCGGGGGGUUAUCUAGUCUACUGUACCUGCUCCAUUACGGUGGAGGAGAAUGAAUGGGUGGUGGAUUAUGCACUGAAGAAGAGGAACGUGAAGCUGGUGCCCACUGGCCUGGACUUUGGGAAAGAAGGAUUCACCAGGUUUAAAGAGCGUAGGUUUCAUCCUUCCCUCCGUCUUUCACGCCGAUUUUACCCUCAUUCACACAACAUGGAUGGUUUCUUUGUGGCAAAACUGAAGAAAUUCUCCAACACUAUUCCAGUGAAGCCUGUUAACAAAACUGCAGAGGCUGACGACGAGCCCAUUGGCACAGAAACGCCUGCCCCCUCAAAUGAGACUGCCAGAAAGUCAGCUACAAAGACCAAGGCCAAAAAACAGCCAAUAAGCAAGCCCGAUACUGAAACGAAAAAGGAGACCAAUGAGAGCCCAGCAAAAGGCAUGUGGGAAAAACCAACACGUGUCUUGAAGAAGAAAAGAAAAGUGGAAGGAACGACACAGCCUAAAACUGUGGCAGUAGAGGGGAAUGCUGCAAAAAGGGAGGGAGUGGGGGAGAAAAAGAAGGGGAGCAAGUUUGAGAAGAAAGAUGAACAAAAGAGGAAAAGGCUUAUGAAGAAAAACAACAGAAUGGGGAAGAAUAAAUUUAGAAAGCUGCAGAGGGUGUAAAGAGUGUAUAGGAUGUGUAUAGCAGUGGGAAAGCAGGGCUGUACUGCUGCAUCUGGGAUCACCAGUGAGCCGGUCUCUGCUGGCAGGGUGAAAAUCUCGCAGAAAACCACAGGGGCUUCCAAUGGCCAGCGGUCACUGCACUGCUGUCUUACGACAUUCAUCCAUGAAAAGUACAAUUUCAAAGAGUGAUGCCUUUAUGGACUUUUUACCACCUCAAGAUAUUUUAUAUAAAGAUGUGUUUUUGUUGUGUCCUCAUGUGUUCCCCCACCUCCACUGGUUCCUGAAGAAAACAUUGAAUAAAAUCAUUUUGGGGACACUUUA